AGAUUGGGGCUGCCAUGGAUUCUUUUACCCACCCAAACUUCACCCAAAAAACAGCAAUCCCGUCGGCUCAAAAUUUGUGACCAGGGGUUGCAGUUUCUAUAGACUAUCUAACUGCCCGUCCCAAAAAUUGGCGUCGGAUAGCACGAUGCGUGGUAGAAAACGAUGGUCCAAUGACGCCUUGCUUUGGAACGGGUUUCCGUUCCGGUGCUUGUGGUUCGUGGUUCAGCUCUUUAUGGGGCAAGCCCAAGAGCUAAAUUGGGGAAAGACCAUCGAUGUGGCGGGGCGACAGCGAAUGUUGACGCAGCGCAUGUCGAAGGAGUUUCUUCAAGUUGCCCUUGAUAUCGAUGCCGCCGAUAACCGCGGGCGCAUGUUAGGUAGUAUCAACUUGUUCAACGUGUCCUUGUAUCAGCUCAUCAACGGAGAUUCUGUCACAGGGAUUGUGGGCACACCGAACCACUUGGUCGGCAGCGGCCUGGAUGAGGUUGUGAGCCUCUGGAAGCCUUUCUCCCAACUACUCUUGAACAACGUGGACACCAUCCGAGACGCUUCAGGGUUUGUGGACAUGAACAUCAUAUCGAUGGUCGAAGCACAAAAUGUGCCCGUCUUGGUCAAAUCCAACGUCGUGGUCGGCAGGUUGGUCGAUGCGGCCCAGAGUGCAGGUGCACCCACCAAUGGUCUAGUUGUGGACACGGCUGGCCGCCAAAGAAUGCUGAUCCAGAGAAUGUGCAAAGAGGCCUUGCUGAUCGGAUUGGGCAGUAGCAUCACGACCAACGUGGGGCGACUCAAAGGCACUCAGUUGCUCUUCCUCAACAGCCACGCGGGCAUCGUAGAGGGCGCGACUUGGGCUGGUGUACCAGUCCUGAACAAACUCUGUACCAUGCACCAGAUGAGAGAAGUGACCUACAACAUGCAGGUGUUUAGCCCUCUGCUCAAUCAGAUUCUGAAUGCUCACACAGCCAGCGAGAGUCAGAACAUUGCCAACUCCCUGGCCAAACAGAUCUCGGAUAUGAGCGUUCCGUUGUUUUCCUCCAUGGUCCGUGCCGUGCAGCUCUAUGUCAAUGACGCGGACGAAUGCGAUCCCGCUGCGAGCAUGGGUAGCACAGAUUGGCAAGAUUUGCUUCUGAGAACAGAUGAGCUUCUUCUGCUCGAGGAACAGGCGAACCAGUACUACUUGCAGAUCGGCAACGCAGUGCGCGUUGCCACCAGUCAAGUGGGUCUGGUGGUGACUCUCAACACGAUCCUCGACGCCAUAGACAACUUGGUACAGGGCAAUAAAGGUCUUAACAUCUUGGCGCCGCCCUCGCAAGCGGCCUUGGAUGGGCUUCUGGCAGCCAAGAGCCAAUGGGACGAGCUCCAACUUGCGUAUGAGCCGGCCGUGAGCAAUAUCAACGCCGUCACGGCUGUGGAGGUGACCAAAAUCGAUCGACUUGGGACGGCCUUUCAGAGUCGCUUGCUGGAGAUCGUCAAUAUGUACGAGACGGUGGCGUUUGAAGUACGCACCACCACCAGCCCAAGUCCCUUGAGUGACCCCGUGGUCGUGCGAGAAGUGCCCAUCCACACAAUUCAAGUGGCACAUCAACAGAAAGCCAAUGCCGCGAAGAUCGCUUCGGUGGCCAAUCUCGUGGCAUAUUCCAACGGCUCCAGUGACGACUUUGGAGGAGUCGAUUUGGUGAACCAGACCAGAGAUAACUUCAUCGCCACCCACUAUUCUCUGUUGGAGGGCAAGCCAGCGACCGGGCUCUUCCCGGCCAUCGCAGAGGAGCACAGUGUCUGUGCCAUCAGGCAGAUGCAGGACAUCUAUACUGACUUUGUCGCGGUGGAUAGGUAUGCUCAGGAGGGUAAGACGAAUCCCUUGAUGCUGGGGCCGCUGGCAGAUGCGGUCGAGAAGGUUAUCACAAAGUACACUGCGGUCAUCGACUACUACAAACAGGGCUCCAUCGCCUGUUCCAAUCGCAGCUACGUCCUGGCCGAAUGGGAACUUCUCAUCGAAGCCGUUGGAUCCCUCCGAAGCCUCACGCAGGAGGCCUGUGCGGACUAUAUCCUGGCUACUCAAGGUACCGAGCCCAUUUUCCAGGAGCGAUCGGAUCGUAGCAUGGCGGCACUCCUCGCCGCUUUCCGCGCACUCGCCUAUGGUACGGAUACCUUACCCGCGCCGCCCUCGCAGAGCAUCUUCGACCAGGUGAUCAACAAGGUGAAACCAGCCUUUGACCUUUUCAUCGUAGCUGUCACGGAAGCCAACACCAUGAAUGUGGUGCUGCAGGGUGACAACGUUGCUGUACAGGGCACCGAAGUGAAGAGAUUGUACUUUGACCAAGCCUUGUCCACCUUGGCUUCCUUCCCUGUGGGCCGGUUGGAGGCUGGGCAGGACCAACAGUUCCGCGUCAACCAGAUGGUGAAGUUGUCCUUCAUGUUCAUCUAUGACAUCACGGCCACAACCACCACGCUACAGAAUUCCAUCGCGGAGUUUGAUGCGGUGCACCUAAUGCUGAAGGAUGGAGGUCCGGACAUUCCGGCCAUCGUCGACCAACGGGACGAUCUCCUCACCCAGUGGAGUCGUGUGGAUGGAAAGUGGAAAGAACUUAAACAACUUCUUCUGACGCGAAGCGUUGCAGACGUUCCGAACUUGCAGGCCACCAAAGAUAUUCUCAUCGAGGAAAUGAUCGUCCUACAAGGGCUGUUUGCCAUUCCGGAUCAGCCUGUAGCAGAGACGUUUCCGUGGAUGUUUGUGGCCUACGGAGCCAUGGGCCUUUUCCUCUUGUCUUGCGCCUGCGGUGCCGUCUAUAUCCAUUUUGUCUCACGCAGGAAAAAGAGCACCCAGAACCAAAAUGGCUGGAGCCAGGCUUAGUCUGACCCAGCGCUUGCGGGGUGAGAGCGCAACCCAUGACGUAGCGAUUGUUUUUUCCGUUUUUUUGAAAGGAAAACCUGGUUGAUGAAUAGGAU